UGGUUUUGGUCGGGGUUACUUGUAGGGUGUUACUGGUUUUGUCAGGUGUUACUUGUAUUCUAGGGUUACUUAUAUGACUGUUAUUGGUUUUGACCAGGGGUUACUUGUAGGGUAUUAUUGGUUUGGUAUGAGAUUUUGGUCUGGAGUUACUCAGAAUACAAGUAACACAUACAAGUAACCCCACGAUACAAUUAUCCAAUACAAGUAACCUCAUAAUAUAAGUAAUACCAUACAAGUAACCCAUACAAGUAACCUCAAAAUACAAGUAACCCUAAAAUACAAGUAACCGUGCCGCAUUGAAAAACCUCUUAUGUACAUUUUGGAGCUGUAAUUUACAAAAAAAUUAAAAAAAAAAAAAUCGCAUAAUAAUUUACGAGUAUUUGAAAUAGACCCGACCCAAUCAGGAUUCAGGACAGAUUAUAGAUCUAUGCACAUGGGCAUAAUAGUCAUUUCUGGUUUAGUCAGUAUUCAGUAUUCACCUCGCUUCCAUUUCCACGGUUUUUUCCUACUUCAGUCUCUCCCUCCAUUUUUAUUUGCUCUUCUAAAUCCAUUCUUGUUCUUCCGCCAUUGUUGAAGGUAUUUCUGCUUCUUAGUUCUUCAUCCCAUUCUCCUAUUUGGCCCGCUUCAGUUGUGCGAAAGACACCGGAUUUAAAGCUCAAAGAGUCGAUUUUGUUUGAUAGGAUGGUCAAUAGUAAUUGGGAUAUCAUCCAUAUCCCGGCAAAGUCACCUUUCUUACCCACCCAACAAUCUACAGUUGAUGUCUUUGCAUCAGAUAUAGAUCCAAAACUUGCCAACACUUUAGUCAGGAAAUUGAAUAAAAUUGCCCCAUUGGAGAAUCUUCGACAUGUGAAACGAGUGCGUAAGAGUUGUAAAGAUGGGGAAACUCAAUUGUCCGUGAUUUUAUGUCUAACUGGUGAGGAUGGAACCGAGCUGGGUUGCAUGCCCAUGGACUUGCGAGAGCUGACCAAUUGUUACCAGUUGAGUCCCUUUGUUACUCAAGUUUGCAAAUAUGCUGCGACAACUAAAGAAGAGUGGGAAGAACAAUGCAAAUUAUGGCCCACAUCAUUUCAUCCUCCAACAUACAACAUUGAGGGCAUCACUGGCUUUAGUGAAGAAAACUCAACUAGAAUAUUUAACUACAUGAAUUUUGCACUUAAGUUGGCAAAAUCUGCUGGCAAUCAGUUUGUCAAUGCUGCGGUUAUUGUGGAUCCAUCCUCAAAUCAAGUAAUUACUAGUGCUUGUGAUGAAAUCUCUUCAUGGAACAUGCGUCUUGAUGGCCAUGAAGCACAAUCCCUAGAUGUGGAUGAAGCCUCAACAUCUCAUACUUAUGCUAAUGGAUCAUCAUCAUUGAAUGGGUCUUUUAAUGUUUCCAAAACAUCAUGCAGCAGCAUUUCUUGUUUGAACCCAUGGCAGUGGACACAGCAAAAUCUGUCGUCAUCAAGGUCUUGCUUUUGGCACCCCUUGCGACAUGCUGCUAUGGUAGCCAUUGAAUAUUCUGCAGCAAGGGAUAGACGUUUGUUCCCAACUAUAGGAGAAGCUAAUGAGGAAUCUGUUCAGUUGAGUCCUAAUGUGACUUCGGCUGUAGGAUUGCCAGUCAAGCGACAGAAGACUAAUUUAGCAAAUGUGAAGAGUGGUGUUGAUGUUCCAGCUGAUGGUUUUCUUUCCAAAUCAGAAAGACCUUACCUGUGUACAGGUUAUGAUAUAUAUCUUGCUUGGGAGCCAUGUGCAAUGUGUGCCAUGGCUCUUGUUCAUCAAAGAAUAAGGCGUAUAUUCUAUGCUUUUCCAAAUCCAAAUGCGGGUGCUUUGGGCACUGUAUACAGACUACAGGGUGAGAAAAGUUUGAAUCAUCACUAUGCAGUUUUCCGAGUUAUACUGCAUGAUAAAGAUCUGCCAGUUUUGGAGGAUCAACAACAGUAGAGAGAUGCUGAGAAAAAAAAGGAAAUGCCUGCAUCUGAGAUUGAUCAUUAGACAAAUAGACAUUGUCAUCCAGCUUAACGUCCUUAGGUAUGCUCCAUUCAAUGCCAUCAUCUAACAGCUCUUUCUCAUAGGGAGGGAUGAGGAAAAUGGUGAUCAUACAUAUAUAAUACUUCUGCUCGGUUAUCAUUUAACAGAUUGUUGUAUUUUAGACUUUUCGGGAACUGUUUUUUUUAUAUGGAUUAUAGAAUUGGCUCUUAGUAAUUUGAUUUGUGUCAGCUCCCUCACUCGGGACGGUUAGAGUUUAAUCUAUACAGAGAUUUUAUUGGGGAGAAACACCAUUUCUAAGAUCUUUAUAUGAUUAUCAUUUUUAUACUGUAAA